UCAAGUUUCAAGUCUGUAAAAUUAUCUUCCUCCCCCCCAAAAAACAGUUUGUAAAUUACAUAUGGAGGGAUUAGUUCCGUUCAGAACUGACCCUCGGGACAUGGGAAAGGAAUGGAAGGAAAUUUACUGAACUUGAGUUUGAACCGUGGGUUUGUGCAUGUGCCUCCUCAGACUGAAGUCGAUGAAGCAGGAGUUGUGUCGGAGCUACCAGCUCCUAAUCAAGCGCAAUCACAGCAGGUCAAUGCAGAGACUGUGCUUUCACCUUGCGAGGACUUCGGGACCAAGCAAAUGAAAGGUUUGUCAGAGAACCAAGACGCAGAUGACACGAGGGAUGAAUUGGAGAGGAAGUCCUUAGACGACACAGCCGCAUCAAAUCCCGGGGAGAAUGGAGGUGGGGCUUCGUCAGGGGCUGAUCAGGGCAGUAAAAAUCCACCUAUCAACUUGGAUAUGGUGCUUUAGAGAGUUCUCAACCAAGUGCUUUGUCUUCAACCCUUCAUGAUAGCGCAGGACCUACCUGUAUUUUACACUUGACUUAGGAAUCUCCAACUUUCUGGGCUUCAGAUAGAUGCAGAUAGAUAUACAGGCAAGGAGGAGUAGGGAUGUCCCAGUCCCUUGGCUCCAGAUAGAUGGAUGGGUAUACAGAAAAGUAGGUUUACCAAGAUUGAUUGUUGAAGGUAGUGUGUUGUGGGUUUUAUCGAUUGCGGAUUGUGUAGUUUUGUCUCCGUUGACAUUGACUCUCCUUGAGCUGCUCUUUUUUUUUUCACCUGCAAUUUGUGUGUAUGGGAUGUUUAUUUCUUUGGGUUGCAUUUUCCCCGUUUCCCAUUUGGACGAGGGAUCACUGCCAGCACUGCAUUUGUAAAGAAGAUUCCAUGCGUCUGUUUCGAUCUUCGGUAUCGAAAUGAAUGAAUGAUGGUAUUGGUAACGCAGGCUGGGCUCGCACGAGUUCAUUUCUGCAAGAGCAUGCAGUUCUAGUUUUUCUCUUGAUUACUAUUGGAAUUUGGGAUAGUGAGACAAUAAUAUUGAUGUUUAUUUUAUUUGCCCCCUACGUCUGUACAACAGUCGUGAAUGCAUGCAGCAUGUCUUUUUCGCUUUGUGCGGCGCGCAAUUGACUCUAGAGCCGUCUUUGGCAUGCCUCUUGUCCUCACUGUGUGGUUGAUGGGGUUGAUCGAAGCAUUGCUGCGUUUUCCUCCCUCUUCCUCACCCUGCGAACAGGCUCCUGUGUUGUUCGACUGGACCAUCUACCCUGCCAGGUCCGCAUUUGCUCCUUUUUUUUUAACAUUUGCACUUGUCUUUUAACAUUUGCAUUUUACAAUA